UAUGCUCCCGGCCGCGUGCUCCUAACACCAUAGCCGCUGAAACUGAUCUAUUCGGAAGAAACCAAAAUGGCGGCCAUUCCCCGCGUCCUUCCAAUCUCCUCCUUUGAUAUCAUACUACGCAUCCCCAGAAACCUCCAACUCUCUCUCAAUUCCUCCAUCCUCUUUCAUAAAGUCCGCCACUUUGCAGCCGCAAGCUCCCCUCCCAUCCUUCAUGACUUCUCCCAUUGCUUCGCAGCUCGCAGACGAGGCCCUUCAAAGGUCUCCGCCGGAUGGUUCUCUGGUUUCGGCGUGAAGAAAGAAGCUCUGCCGGAGAUAGUCAAGGCCGGCGAUCCGGUCCUCCAUGAACCCGCCGUCGAGGUCCCCUUGGAGGACAUUGGAUCGGAGAGGAUCCAGAAGAUCAUUGAUGGCAUGAUCGGGGUCAUGCGAAAGGCCCCUGGUGUCGGCCUUGCUGCUCCACAGAUUGGUAUACCUUUGAGGAUUAUUGUUCUUGAAGACACAAAAGAAUACAUUAGUUAUGCUCCUAAGAAUGAAACUGAUGCACAAGAACGUCGUCCUUUUGAUCUGCUGGUAAUAGUUAAUCCAAAGCUUGAGAAGAAGGGAAGCAAGACUGCUUUGUUCUUUGAAGGGUGUUUGAGCGUUGAUGGAUAUCGAGCCCUGGUUGAGCGGCAUCUACAGGUCGAGGUCACGGGCCAUAGUCGUUUUGGCCAACCUAUUAAAAUUGCUUCAUCCGGAUGGAUGGCACGCAUAUUACAGCAUGAGUUUGAUCAUCUAGAAGGGACUAUAUAUGUGGAUAAGAUUGUUCCGAGGACAUUCAGGAGAGUUGAGAAUCUGGAUUUGCCUCUUCCAGUAGGAUGCCCAAAGCCAGGUGUCUAUGAUCAAGGGGUAAUCAAUGAGACUCACUGCUUAGGUGAUUUUUGUCGUAUCUUUCGCGAAGCUUGUUGCUAUUGGGAAGGAAACCACCUCCAGAGCUUUAUCCAUAUCGAGUUUAGAGACAUGGGCUUUUUGAUGCUUGGAUUUUUUAGUCUUAUGCGGCUUGCCAGUCAAGCGUUAGUUUUCGCUGCCAGUCAAGCUUCAAAGUUAUACUGAUCAGACGUCGCGUAUGUCUGAUUUUUUAUAAA